UUUGCAGCCGAGCGAGUACAUAGAGCGCAAGUUGCCAUCAAAUUUGGGGCAGUACAUACAUAUACUACGAGUAUAUAAUUCGUACCAUUUGACGAGGCAACUGAGAAUGAGCGCCUAGGCAGUCGUCCAGCUGAUUUUUCCCGGAGAAACUGCAUUUACAUACAUAUAUAUACAUAUAAAUUAAAACGCCAAAAGAGGAUCAAAAUGGGAAAUGAAACCUCGCUGCCCAUGGACAUGUGCUCCAAUUUUGAUGCGGACGAGAUACGUCGUUUGGGUAAACGUUUUCGCAAACUGGAUCUGGACAAUUCGGGAGCACUGAGCAUAGAUGAGUUUAUGUCGCUCCCCGAACUUCAGCAGAAUCCGCUGGUGCAGCGGGUAAUCGAUAUUUUCGAUGCGGAUGGCAAUGGGGAGGUCGACUUCAAGGAAUUCAUUCAGGGCGUCUCACAGUUCAGUGUUCGUGGUGAUAAGCUCUCGAAGUUGCGGUUUGCCUUCCGAAUAUACGAUAUGGACAAUGAUGGGUAUAUAUCCAAUGGCGAGCUCUUCCAGGUGCUCAAAAUGAUGGUCGGCAACAAUCUAAAGGAUACACAAUUGCAACAGAUUGUCGAUAAAACAAUUUGUUUUGCCGAUAAGGACGAGGAUGGUAAAAUAUCGUUUGAUGAGUUCUGUUCGGUAGUUGGCAAUACGGAUAUUCAUAAAAAAAUGGUCGUGGAUGUUUAAGCGGGCGGUCGGUCGGACGGACGGACGGUUUGGCACGAUGCGGGUUGGACGAUGAGAAAAACACAAUUGGGUAUACUUACAAGCGCUUGUAUGUAUGCCUGAACCUACAAUGUACUUUAGUCUACACAUUCAAAUUAAUGUACGAGUAUGCAUGUGCAAAAUUCAUUCAAAUAUCUAUAUCUAUGUAUGGCUUCUAGUGACUUGACUUUAUGGCCAAAAUUUCAAUUCAAAUUUUUCAACUCAUAAAGCAUUGUUACAUUUUUGUAUACUUAUAUACUAUACGUACAGUACUCGGAUUGUUUUGAAAUCGUGUCACACACGAAACCACCGCAAUCGGACCAUGUAGAUGCUAUAUAGAUACCAUAUCCACAUGCCUUAUACAUACAGGUGUGGUUAUGCUCAAAUUAAUCCUCCAAUUAGUGGUACAUACAUAAAAGGUAUGCAUGUACUCUAUAUGUGUGAAAUUAAUGCUCUUAUAAGUUUUUUUUUUCUAUGCAGUACAACUUCUAUAUAAUUUGAAACAUUGCUUUCGGCAAAAACAAUCUCGAUUUUGUCUAUAAGAUAGUUAUAAACUUGAAAGGUUAGCCGAAAGAUAGACUUUCGAGUCAAGGAAUAAUUUCGACUCUUAAAAAGGAACUCAAGCCGAGUUCGAGUUUAAAAUGUUCGGGUAUUUUUAAAACUAUCUCGAUAGGAUCAAGAGUAUAUUGUGUAUGUAACUAAAGACACAUUCGAAAAUCGCGAAAAUUGGAUAUAAAAUAUGACUCCAGUGUAUUUAUAGGUAGUAAGUAUGUAUGUUCAAGAAAAGGAUGUCAAAAGAAAUACUAUGGGCAAGAUUAAUUAAAUUUAAGGAAUCACCUAAAUAGAAUCGUUUAACAUAAUGUCGUACACUGAAUAAAUUAACUAAAAUUAAUAUCGAAAUUGAAAAUAUAUAAGAUACAAUUUUUUUUCCACUCCUAAUCAUAUGAUUGAUGAUGAAUGUGAAAUUAUUUUGGGAGUUUUUCGUAUGUUCCUACUAUGUACUUACUAUAUAUAUGUAUAUGGAAUACAGAUGGCGAUGCAGCACGCCUUUUUAACAUUGAAAUUCUCUAUGUUCAGUACUAACUACAAUAUGUGUAACAAUUUUAAGCGAUAUUUUAUUGAUAUGUUAAAACUGAACUAUUUUUGACUAAAUUUUGACUAGUGUUGAUUGUAUUGUCUUUGUGUGUAUUUUAAUGUGUAUUUCAACCUAAUUUAAAUUACCUAUAAGAAAUGUAAAUUAUUAUCAAGAGAUGUUUAUUAAAAACCGAAAAGAUAACCACA